AUGCCUAACCCAACGUACACCCCGUUGCGCAGCGUGCCCACCAUCAGAAGCUCCCCCACUGCCACCAUCCUCGAAACCGACGCUGACACCGUCGACAUUCCCUCUCCACACUGUCCCCGUACAUUCACCUUACGCAACGGCCUGGUCGGUCAUCUGCGAAUCCACCGCACAGACACUGGCGAGCCAGUGCCUCGAGCACCAACCUAUACUCACCAAGCUCAUCUCAACUGCCCACACUGCGCUCGCACCUUCAGGCAUCGCAUGGGACUAUUCGGCCACAUGCGCAUCCACGAGAGCGGCAUUGACCGCAGCCUUGACACAUCCACAACGCUAGGCCCCACUCCCAGUUCAUCACCUUGUGGACCCACCAACCUCUCCGCAACCGCCGUCGAUGCCACCGACUUUACCACCCCUCACUCCACCCCUUCCUACUCCUCUUCCUCCUUCACUGCCACAACUACGGCGGCUUCGGCGUCUGUCGCCCACGACUUCACCACAGCCGCACCUGACACAACAACAGGCACAACCCCUGCAACCUCCAUCAUCAGACGUGAGGGCAAGGACUACAUCUGCCCUCACUGCGAUCGCACCUUCAUUUCACGCAUCGGCCUGGUCGGUCACUUGCGAAUCCAUCGCACAGAGACUGGAGUACCAGUACCUGGAGCACCAGACGCAUCCGCCUAA